GCUUCCCCCAAUGGCAGUUCGGGCAAAGAGCGGCUGCGCCGUGACGUCACGGGGCUGGGAGCCCGGCGGUGCUGGCUCGGUGUGCUCGGCAGAGGGUAGUCAGCUCCCGCACCAUGGACACGGGGUAAGAGCCCUUCCCGGGGGGAGAGGGGCCGCCGCUGGCUUUGGAUUCACAUGAGGCUGUGGAGCCCGGAGGAGCCUGGGGAGACCUGAGUCGGCAGAUGCCAUGCCAGCUCCUGAGCAGACUUCCUUGAUGGAGGAGGGGCUACAGAAAGUUCCCCAAGAAGCUCCUCCCUCUACCAGCAUGGAACCAGAAGCCACUGCCACAAACAUUUUGGCAUCGGUAAAAGAGCAGGAGCUGCAAUUUGAACGUCUCACCAGGGAGCUGGAGGUGGAGAGACAAAUUGUUGCCAAUCAACUAGAAAGAUGCAGACUGGGAGCGGAGUCGCCAAGCAUCGCCAGCGUAAGCUCUACCGAAAAGUCAUUUCCCUGGAGAUCAGCAGAUGCGUCUUCCGGAGUUCCCCCCAAGCAGAGACUGUCUGACUCCACUCACCCCAACCACUUCCUCAUCCGAACUGACCCAGAACCAGUCACCAUGUAUUCCCCAGAACAAACGUCUCUUCACGAAAGUGAGGGAUCUUUAGGCAAUUCAAGAAGCUCCACACAAAUGAACUCGUAUUCUGAUAGUGGUUACCAGGAAGCUGGGACUUUUCACAGCCACAGCGUGGGGAAACCUGAACUACGACAGCAACAUUCAUUCACGGGAACCACUGGGAACCACGUAGUCAGGUCCUCCAGAGCUGAAGGCCAGACCUUUGUCCAGGCACCAAAUGCACUGGCAGCCAACCGAGCAGUUCGGAGAGUUAGUUCUGUUCCUUCAAGGUCACAGUCACCUUCUUACGUGAUUGGGUCUGGAGUGUCUCCAUCUAGAGGCUCACUGAGAACUUCUCUUGGGAGUGGGUAUGGCUCCCCAUCUGUUACAGAUUCACGGCCGCUUCCCACCACCAAUACCUACGCUUCUACAACGUUGCCUUCUCAGAGAGCUGGUUCCCCCUACACAGUGCGCCGGGCUAACUCCCCAACAGCUGUACGAAGGAUUGGGUCAGCCACUACUCGGCAAAACUCAAACCCCUCUAGCAUGUCCUCAUCUUACCAAACCUUGGGGACUUCUGUCAGAGUCGGUUCUCCACUGACGUUAUCAGAUACACAGAACAGAGUGGGCUCGUUGUCCCAAGCUCCUAUAGGAUCAUCAUCUUCUCCAAAACGUCCCGGAAUGACAGCGGUACCGCAGCAUAUGGGAACUUUACAAAGGAACCUGCAUGACAUUGAACAAUACCAGUCGUAUGAUGUCUAUGAAAGAAUGGUGCCAUCUCGGCCAGACAGCCUUACAGGCUUGAGAAGCUCUUAUGCAAGUCAGCAUAGCCAGCUGGGCCAGGACCUGCGUUCAGCUGUAUCCCCUGACUUACAGAUUACUCCAAUAUAUGAGGGUAGGACAUAUUACAGUCCAGUCUAUCGCAAUGCAAACCAUGGAACAAUUGAGCUGCGGCAAGGUUCCCAGACUGCAAUUUACCGCACUGGCUCAGGGUCGGGUAAUCUUCAAAGGACAUUGAGUCAGCGUAACACUCUUACAUACCAAAGAAAUAAUUAUGCUCUCAACACUGCAGCUACCUAUGCAGAGCCAUUCAGAUCAAUGCCGUUCCGGGUAUCCGAAAGCAACUACAACAGGAUGCCACACGGGGCCCCGGCUGAUGAUGGAACAACAAGGUCACCGUCUAUUGACAGCAUCCAGAAAGAUCCCAGAGAGUUUGCUUGGCGUGACCCUGAAUUGCCCGAGGUCAUUCACAUGCUACAGCAUCACUUCCCAUCUGUGCAGGCAAAUGCCGCCGCCUAUUUGCAGCAUCUCUGCUUCGGAGACCAUAAAACCAAGAUUGAGGUUUGCAGACAGGGAGGAAUAAAGCACCUGGUAGACCUGCUGGAUAACAAAGUCCUGGAAGUUCAGAAGAAUGCCUGUGGUGCUUUAAGGAACUUAGUUUAUGGCAAGUCUACUGAUGAAAAUAAAAUAGCAGUGAAGAACGCUGGCGGGGUCCCUGCACUACUUAGACUACUGAGAAAAACGAACGACCAGGAAAUACGGGAACUUGUAACUGGAGUUCUGUGGAACUUAUCAUCCUGCGACGCUGUAAAGAUGACUAUUAUCCGUGAAGCUCUGUCUCCUCUCACAAACACUGUGAUCGUUCCACAUUCCGGCCUGAAUAAUUCUUCUUUUGACGAUGAUCAUAAAGUGAAGUUUCAGUGCUCUGCGGUCUUACGGAACACCACUGGCUGCCUGAGAAACCUGAGUUCGGCGGGAGAAGAGGCUCGCAAGCAGAUGAGAUAUUGUGAAGGGCUGGUAGACUCCCUCCUCUUUGUGAUUCAGACCUGCGUGAACACAUCAGAUUUUGACAGCAAGACAGUGGAGAACUGUGUCUGUACGCUAAGAAACUUAUCUUACCGCCUAGAAUUGGAAGUGCCUCAAGCUCGCUUGCUGGGAAUUAAUGAAAUGGAGGACUUCUGCAAGGAAUCCCCCAGCAAGGACUCGGACUCGAGCUGUUGGGGUAAAAAAAAGAAAAAGAAGAAAAGGCCGCCACAGGAAGAGCUGUGGGAUGGUGUGGGCCCCAUUCCUGGAUUAUCUCAGUCUCCGAAAGGUGUUGAAAUGCUCUGGCACCCCACUGUAGUAAAGCCAUAUCUAACUCUUCUGGCCGAAAGCUCAAACCCGGCCACUUUGGAAGGUUCUGCCGGGUCUCUUCAAAAUCUUUCUGCUGGGAACUGGAAGUUUGCAGCAUACAUCAGAGCGGCUGUCAGAAAGGAGAAAGGACUGCCCAUACUGGUGGAGCUGCUGAGGAUGGAUAACGACAGAGUGGUGUCUUCUGUGGCCACGGCACUGAGAAAUAUGGCAUUAGAUGUCCGCAACAAAGAGCUAAUUGGCAAAUAUGCAAUGCGGGACCUGGUGAACCGGCUUCCAGGGGGCAAUGGCCCCAUCGUUUUGUCAGAUGACACUGUGGCUGCCAUCUGCUGUGCUUUGCAUGAGGUCACCAGCAAGAACAUGGAGAACGCAAAGGCUUUGGCGGACACCGGAGGAAUUGAGAAACUAGUGAACAUCACCAAAGGAAAAGGGGAAAGAUCUUCGUUGAAAGUGGUGAAAGCAGCAGCCCAGGUGUUAAAUACGUUGUGGCAGUAUCGAGACCUCCGUAGCAUUUAUAAGAAGGAUGGAUGGAAUCAGUCUCAUUUUAUCACUCCAGUUUCCACAUUAGAACGUGACCGAUUCAAAUCCCACCCGUCUUUAUCGACCACUAAUCAGCAGAUGUCACCCAUAAUCCAGUCAGUGGGCAGCACAUCAUCCUCACCAGCUCUGCUAGGCAUUCGGGAGCCACACUCCGGCUAUGAGAGAACGCAGCCCUCUAUGCAAUACUACAACAGCCAAGGAGAGUCCCUGGUUCACAAGGACAUAUACAGUGGGUCCAGCAAGCAGUCUCCUAUGUACAUCAGUUCCUACUCAUCACCAGCACGGGAGCAGAGCAGGCGGCAGCCGAACCAGCUGUAUUAUAGCCCUGAAGACUCCAACAGAAAAAACUACGACUCCUACAGAUUGUAUCUCCAGUCCCCCCACAGCUAUGAAGACCCCUACUUUGACGAGCGCGUUAAUUUCACAUCCACCGCUGAUCAGAACGCACAAUAUGGACUCAAAUCAACUACAAACUAUGUGGAUUUUUACUCCACUAGAAGGCCUUCGUACAGGUCAGAACAGUACCCGGGCUCUCCGGACUCUUGGGUGUGAUAUGAAGAGUGCCCCCCCAAUGGACUCUACCAGUAAUGUUUGACUUGAUUAUUAUUAUUUUUUUUGAAUGGCCUUAUACUGUUUUUUUUUAAAAAGCUGGAAUCCGAAAGUGAUUUACAAAAGAGGGAUCUUGGAACACGGUUAUUUUUUUUGCAGAAGGAUAAUCAUGGAUGGGCAGAAAUUAAAAAGGGUGUUUUUUAUUUUCUUUUUCCUUUUUUUUUUUUGCUGUUUAGGGUGUAGCUCUUUGCUUGUAGCGCUAGACUGGUGAUGGUGCGAGCUAUGUGAGUGAAGGUAUGAGAUUGAUGAAAAAAAAUGAUUUUUGGGAAAUAUGUCUAUGGUCAAAUCAAAAUCUUGAUAUUUUUUUUAAUGUGAAUAAAGUCUCGUUACAAUUAGUUUGUACAGAAUUAUGGAUCAACCGAACGCUUUCUUUGUUUCCCUGUUACUAAAUGUCGACCCUGUAUGCUAUCCUGUCUUGUAAAUUUCCCUAGCGCCCAUGUAAAUAUAGCUAUGCCAUUACUGAUUGCGGGUGCCAUCAUUUGUAACGCCGUGUAUCAUUUGCAGUCACUGAAAAGCAGAGAUAUGUAAAUCAGUAUAUUAAAGAGCUAACAUUUUUAAGCGUAGCAUCACUGAAACGUAGAGCGUAUUCUACAUUCCUCUCCAUUCCUCUCCAUUCCCUGCCGAUUUCAUAACGGUCUCACUGCCAUUUUCUAUGCACAUUGGAAGAUCAAAUAAAUGUGGACACGCCAUCCACAGA